AUGUGUCAGGAUCUUGUGCUGGAGAGAAACCAACCGAAACACGCCCAGAUCAAGUAUCUCAUUGAACCUGUAGCAGGCAGAAGGAACCUUACCUGGUGGGGUGGCGCAUUGCACAGACUUUGGAGGUCUCGUUUGAACCCAGGAUUCUCGCAGCGGAACUUGCAAUCGCACGUGUCCGCACUGGUGGAUGAGGUUGAAGUCUUCUUGGACAUCCUGAAGGCUCACGCUGGGAAGAAUGGCAGCUGGGGUGCAGUGUUCCCACUCCUUCCCAAGACUGUCGAUUUGACCCUUGACAUAAUUGGCCGCGUUGUGCUCGACCUGCGUCUGGAUGAGCAGAGUAAGGGGCCAACAGAGUUACAGACUGCGCUCAGAACUCUCGUUGGUCAGGUGCAAUUCAAGAAUCUAGCUACACUACGCAGGCGGCUGAGUCCCUUUUACCAGUAUGAUGGAUGGCGAUGUCGUCGACAACUGCGCAAAAUCCUGAUGCCGCGUAUCAAGGAACAAAUGGGCGCUGAACAAUCGGCAACUCAAAAAACGGUAAUACAGCUGGCGAUGAAGGAGUACAUCAACGAGACUCGGACAGGACAAGCCAGAACCUCCAGCUCUGAAUUCACAGACGAUGUUUUGGGACUCGUUCAGCAAUUUCUCUUUGCUGGUCAUGACACCACAGCCAUCACCAUCACUUGGGCCUUUCAAUACUUGUCCAAGAACCCAGGGGUACUGCAAAGGCUCCGUGCGGAGCAUGACGAGGUCUUUGGACCCAACACCGACGCCGUAGCCGAGACCCUGCGCCAAUCUCCCCAAGUUCUGAACUCUCUGCCUUACACCCUAGCGGUGGUUAAGGAAACCCUUCGACUUACCCCGAUCGCUGCGACACUCCGCAAUGGGAGCCCUGAGUUCUUCUUGACCACGAGAAAAGGCAUGCGACUCCCUACGGAUGGGUUUGCCGUGGUAACGGGGACCGCCUGCAUACAUUAUCACCCGGACCUUUGGCCACGAGUGAACGAGUUCCUACCCGACAGGUGGCUGGUGCCUCAGAGUGAUCCUCUGCAUCCGUCGCAACCUGGCCAAUGGAGACCCUUCGAGUACGGAGUGAUGAACUGCAUUGGUCAGGAGCUGGCCAUGAUUGAACUGAAGAUGGUCUUGCUCUUUACCGUACGUGAGGUUGAAAUCGAGGCGUCAUGGGAUGAGUGGGACAAGUCACAGUGA